AUGGGCAACUUCCAGCCUCACGGAGGGCACUGUUCCCCGCAGGCGAUCCCAACAGCCAACCGCAAUCAAACUGCUGCAUUCCGCCGCCGCUUUAUGGCAUUACAUUCGGGCCGUGAGUUCCAACGGUAACGUGAGUACCCUUAGAUCAGCGUGGCUCUCCCGCGCUACCUUUUGAGUCACGGCAUCUGGCUCAACUCCCACUGAGCCCCCAGCCUCUUAACUCCCUAUGGAUAGAUGGCCAACUUACUCGUAACCUUCCUAGUCACCGCCAGUACUCUGGUCAAGCUGAUCUCCAACCUUCCCGCAGCUCCCGGUUCUCAGCUUCUUGCUUCCUGGGUCCGUUCGUUCGCCCUGCAAAUUGUGAGUUUGACCAUGCUGGGCAUUACACACAUUAUGCAUUUGACAGUCGAACGGUCACUUACCUUAUAGUCGGUCCACGAUUCAACCGCCUUUCUGCCAGUUAGCCACACGUUACAUAUUCACACCCCCUAGUUCCCCUCACAGACAGCCAGGCAUGACAAUCUUGUCAAUUGUAAAUGUAAAAUAAAUUAGUAAAAUGAAGCAGAAUGUAGCAUAUUCGGUGGUUUCAUAACUGUUUAGGUCUAUCUACACCACAAUUAGGCACGGUCCUUUCUUAGACAAAGUGCUAUCUCUCCUCCAACACAUUGUCGUUGCUUGUUGUCAUACGACAUUACUGUACUAAUGCUUCCCAAACAUGCUUAAGAUGGCCGUUCUGUUUCCAUUUGCAUUCCAUGAUUUAAAACUCGGCUUUAUUAACCUCGGGUUGCGCGUGGGCAAGUAUUGUAUACAGUCCUAAAUUACUAUGUACAUCCUCUCUUGUUACUGGUUCAUUCUCUAGGUACUGACCUAACUUAUUUAAACCACCGAAUACAUUCCACUUGGUCAAUAACUUCUUUACAUUCGGUCCACGAUUUGACCACCUUAGCCAAUUCAGCCACACGUUACAUAUUCACAUUCAGUGUUCUUUGCAUACUGCCCACUGACAGCCAGCCAGGCAUGACAGCCCCGUCAUUCAUUGUACAUUGCAUGAUUGUGUCCCUUAGUUUACAAUAAAGGUUGCUAUUUACUUAGUCGUGUUCAGUCAAAUUACAGUGACGUUGUACCCACACAGCAAGUUCCUUAAUUAGCUUUGUUACCGCAUUAGCAUAUUCUGUGGUUUCAUAUAGGUAUAUGUUAAUCCACUUCCCAAUUAGAGGGUUCUUUUCCUAAACAACACACUAAAUAUCCUCCUACAAAUGUGCAUUGCUUGACUAUUGCGACUUUACUAGGUUAUAACGCUUUCCAAAUAUACACAAUAAGGCCGCUAGGUUCACACUCACGUUCGGCCACCAUCUGCAUGUCUGGGUUUUGGAGCCUUGGCUUUGUUACACAAUAUACAGUUUUUGCACAAUAUACAGUCCUAAAUUAACACGUGCAUUCUUUUGUGCCCGCCGGUUAGUACACUAGGUGCUGAUGGAGUCACUCAAAUGGUUACUCUGCAAUCUCUCGCAUACCGUAAUAACUCACCUAAUAAUUGAUCGUUCCGUAUUCACACCUAAACUAUCCACAUGACACCCAGACAGUAUCCUACUAAGACAUACCUCAGCCCCUCCUUAGUGCAUUAAGUUCAAUUACUAUUCUGCUUACUUGGGUGUGCGUAUGCAGCUAGAUCCACACAUCUGUAGAGUAAACACUGAAUCCGCACUCUAUCUAAAAUACAUCCAAUAAGUCACGAACUACCUGUAUGCGGCCACCUUGUGAUCCAAGUAUUACUAUGGGCUUGGCCUUGUACUGUUUACUUAAGUCACAGCCCUCCCGAGGUCAUCACGACUUACUCUGCACAUGGCCAUCAAGGUGCUUACCGCUACAUCCUACUCUUUUCCCCUCCAAUUUGGCAUGGCAUAUGGAAGCCGUACGGCUUCCCCGGAUUAUACACGGCUUUAGCAUACCAUGUUCAGGAUACAACAUCCAGUCACACGGCCACUUCUACCCAGCGGACGGCACCCAGGGCAUUACAGAGGGACCAUAUCCUCUGUUUACAUACAUUUAUCCAUUCCCCCCUAUUAUGCCACUUCAGCUGUCACAUUGAUAUAUGUUAUGGGCGACCAGGUCACCUAUUUCACAUUCCAAUCGCAAGUCAUUCAAUUAAUGAAGUAGCCUGGCCACAGCUUAUAGACGGUCCGCCAUUGCAUCAUACAAUUCUAUUUUGUCUACCCCCCACUACCCCUGAGAGACCAGCACAUAUACCAGGGAUCUUAUACUGCCCACCCGCCGUUCCCAGGCCAAUCUUUACGGCUCCCACAAUCUCGGUUUCUUAACCAACUGUAGCCACGAACAAUAGAUACAUCUAUUACGGUACGUUACACGGCUGGUCAGUUCCCAUGUCAGUUCCAGCCUAUAAGAAUUAACUACCACCCCAUAAUACAACCAUUACUCACAGCCUCCCUCCAUAUGUUCCAAACAACCUCUGCAGGCUAUCCAAUACACCCAAAUUACAAAUCCUCCAAUUGCCAAUUACACAUGGCAUAAUCUCUACAUUCUGGCACUUAGUAUUCAGUAAUACCACUAUGCGCAGCUUCGUUAGGCCAUCACUACCUACAUUACAUACGGCCCUUUGAGGACAAUCAUUAUGACACAAUUACGGCCCCUCACUUGGGCAUUUACAUACGACAGCGGCAUCAUUGGGCCCAUGCAAGUCUUCGUACGACCAUCUCCACACUACGAUUAUGUGUACAGUCGCAGACAAUACUUGUAUAUCCGAUUUGCUUUCCCGACAUUAAACGUAAGACAUGGAUCGAACACAUACGAACACAUACUUCAGCUACUUCAGAAAUGCCCCUAUACGCAGACCUCAAUAGGCCAUCACUACCUACAUAGCAUACGGCCCGUGGUGGGCAAUUCUCUGACACUAUUCCGACCUCUCAUCCGGGCUAUUCAUACAUCCGGGGCCUCCUUGGACCCACUAAAUUUCUCGCACGACCCUCUAUAACUGCAUUUCUAUGUCCAGUUGCAGGCUUAAGGAAUCUCUGACAUUCAUGUAGAAUCAUUGUUUAAAUGUCCAGAAAGCCUUUAUACGCGACCCUCACUUGGCCGGCACUAACUAAGCUAUAUACGGCCCUCCGUGGGCAAUCCACAAUGACUCAGUUCCAACCCCUCACUUGGGCAAUUACAUACUACUGUCGCUUCUCUUGUCUCUCUCAGUUCCCCAUAAGCCUCUCUCUCUUCACACCUAGGAGUCCUGUCACAGGCUCUUAACGAAUCUCCGAUAUAUGUACCCCUAUAGUAAACCGGAGACGUUGUUCAACUAAAUACCUCAGGUCCUUCAGAAAUACCUCUAUACAGGCCACCAAUACCUACGUUACAUACCAUCCUCCACGGACAAUUCACCAGAAACACGAUUCCGACCCCUCACUUGGGCUAUCAUAUACGACCAUGGCCUCAGUGGGCCAUCUCAAUUUCCCCGUGUGACCCUCUGUCCGCAUUUUUAGGUCUAGUCACAGGCACUUAUUGUAUAUCUGAUGCUUGCCUUGGCAGUGAAAUCGAGACGUCGCGUAACACGAAUUUCGGGUCCUCUACAUCACUGGGCCAUCAGUUCCUACUCCAAGUUGCCACAGUGGACUAAUGCAUUCUCGAAGCCGGGAAGUUUCUACCUAUAUACCCGUCUCCGUGGCAUUCACGUAGUUCUGUCUCGCCAGUCGUCGGACAUUUGGGGCCAAGAGUAACCCCCGAAUUUUAGACACUUUCACGGAAACACUAUGCGAGCACCUCCAAAUAGGUGAAUUACAGCCCAAUAGCAAUACGCUACCACAAUGAUUUCCUCUACAUCGAGGUUCCCAACAGAACCCCUCAAAACAUCACCGACACUGUGGCUUUAUGCUCCUCAUCAGGAUACUCCCCUACCUGGCAAGGAAACAAUAGGGCCUUCCACCGACCUAACCUUUUCGGUAUCCUCACAGACUCAGCAACCAGGAUAGCCAGGUUAACCAACGAUAAAGUUUAACGCAUCAUCAACGAGUGACAAGGUUCUCACACAUGAGUAACCGCUCCCGCAAAGACCUGCAAUCCCUACUAAGCAGUUACAUUCAUAUUUCACGCAAUACCACCGGGCCGCUCAUUCAUACCACGACUACCACACCUCCUACCAGGGGCUCCACAUGACUAUAACACUGUCUCUCUUGUCACGCACACAAAUAGACCACUGAGGUGGUGUCAGUUUCUUAUGUAUCGAAAGGGAUUUCUAUGUUCAUCCCCCACCAGAGAAUCACUAGGUACGGGUAUUGACGCAGCAGGCCAUUCAGUAUUCAUGGUCAUAUGCCAAGAUUGGUGGUUCCGUGACCUAUGGCCCCCCCGGAACCCGGACACUACAAUCCGCCUGCACAACAUUCACACUAAUUUGACAUUUAACCCAUAAGGUGCAGCAGAUCACACCCGGGGUUCCUGACGUGAAGGCAAACCAUCACAUGAUUUCCAAUAACUAAGUCUCUCGUGUAAAUAUAGAUAAAGGGUGUUCUCCCUUUGAACACAUAAGGGAAUCACCUAGCUGGCGGUGUCAUGUAAUCUACAUUUGGUAUGCAUACAAGUACCUUGCGGGCAUAAUCUUACGGCUGACGCUCUAUCUCAUUCGAACUUUAGCAACACCUUGUGGCAGCUAUAUACACAAGAUACACCCAGUUAGAGGUCCAACUCUAUCCGAACCAUGAAGGUAGAGUCCGGUGGUAGGGUGGAUGCAUUUAAUUUUCUUUUUUGCCUCUUUCUCACAGAGAGACAAAGCUAAACACACCUACUCACACUAUACGACAAAUCACUCACUACCGCAUAUUUACGAAUUACAUGACGACUCGACUACCAGAAUAG